AUUUCGCCAAAAAAAAAAGUGAUAUAAAUAUAAUAAAAGGGCAAAACCAUCGCUGGUGAAACGAAAUCCGUCCCCUUUUGAAGAGAGAGAAGACAGAGGUUAAACGUGAAAGAGGUGCAAUGAGCUUGUCACUCCUGCAAGGCUAUUCUUCUGCGGAAGAUGAAGAAGCAGCGGAGCAUCAGCAGAUUGAUAACCGCGACUCUUCCGACGACGAAGACGGCGACAUCGGUGUUAUAGACCGUUCCGCAGCUCCCAAAAGAUACGACUCCUCCGUCUUCGAUUUCCCCGAUCCCUCCCGUAAAUCCGCCCUUCCUUCCGCAUUCGACGCCUUUUCCCAGAUUUCAGGACCACCGGAGUUUCUAAACCAUGCCGUUGAGGAACAGACUUCAGCAACUGACUUGGACCAUCGGCAAGGAAGGCGCGGUGGCCGGAGGGAUUUCAAAGACAAGAAGGAUAUGCCUUCCGGUGCAGUGGUAGAGGCCAAAGCUCAGCUUGUUGGAAUCCAUGAGCGAGUGAGAAGUGAUAUUGAGGGUAGCAAGCCUCCGACAUCAGCAGUUCCAAGCACCACGCAGGAUGGAACGAAGCGGGUGGCAUCUGCAACAAAUCCUAAUGCAGAAGAUGCUGCAGAGCUUUUGAGGAUGUGCCUGCAAUGUGGAAUACCAAAGACUUACUCUAGUGCUAGAGGCAUGGUCUGUCCAGUGUGUCGUGAUCGGCCUCUUGCAGACAGUGACAAAGACCCCAAGAAGAAGGGGUCUACUAUCAAAGAGAAAGAGAAGAGUAAGAGAAUGAAGGGCCAGUCAUCGCAUGGAACCUGGAAAAGUGAAACAGAGAUGCAGCUCAGGCAACAGUUUGACUAGUUGAAUAUUCCAGUAUUGCACCUUGGAAAAUGUUAGUGUUUUAGAGUUUGAUAUAGUUCAUGCACUAUCAGUUGUUUAGUUAGGGAACCUCGAAAUCAUUUGAUGAAUUACAUGGUUGGUAUUUGAGCGUUGUUCCAGAAUGUGAUGUACUAUAGCUGACUUGUUUCUGUUUAAUGUAUGUUCUCUGUUUACUUAUUUUACAAGUUGCGGAACUUUGUGCAUGAGAAUUGAGAAGUAAAUGAGUAUUUGGGUUGUCUCUUGUAUUCGAUACUUGAAAGAAAGGCUAUAUGUAACUAAACCGCAACUAGUCAAAGACCUAAAAGAUUCUCUGGAAUAAGCAAUCAAAUACUAGAGAGUUACAGGCUGUUUAUACUGAGGAAAAUUUUAUACUGAAGUUUAGUUGUCUGAACCUUCAAUCACCAUGUUAGAACUUGGAGGAGAUGCAAUAUUGUUGCCUUGUGAGGUGGGUAAGGUUUGGCAGAACUUUUUGCGCAAAUUCAGAUUUGAUAAUUCAUGUUUUCAUAUCAUGUCUAAUGUCAUGUUUGAGAUAUAUAAUAAUAUGAAUUAUUAAAAUGUAAACACAAUAUAAAUUAUAAAACAUGUUUAAAUUUUAAAUACGAAUAUGAUACAUUUAUUAUAUGCGUAUUACUUAAUACGAUAUAACUAAUACGUGUACAAUUAAUCUGUUUAAAGAUGAUAAAAAUAAACACGAUUCACACUAAUAUACAUGAAUAGACUUGACAAACAUUAAUAUAUACGAAAACACGGUUAAAAUAAUUAACAACUAUGAAUUAUUCAUCAUUUAUAACUUACAAGUUACACUUAAGCAUAAGCUAAGACUAGGUAUUAAAUUCCUGAAGACACUAAACACUAAAUAUUAAACAAUAGUUAGUAGCUUAUGCCUUAUUAUAUAUUUACAUAGUGUAAAUUACAUUACAUCAAGUGCAAGUCUCUAACCUUCAUAAGUUAUGUUCCGCUCAAGA